AUGCCUCCCAAGAAGCAGGUUGUGGAGGAGAAGAUUCCUCUGGGCAGGCCCGGGAACAACCUCAAGAGCGGCAUUGUCGGCCUCGCCAACGUCGGCAAAUCCACUCUGUUCCAGGCCAUCACCAAGUGUAACCUGGGCAACCCGGCUAACUUCCCCUAUGCCACCAUCGAACCUGAGGAGGCUCGCGUCAUCGUCCCCGAUGAGCGCUACGACUGGCUCGUGGAGAAGUACAAGCCCAAGUCCCAGGUCCCUGCCAACCUGACGGUCUACGACAUUGCCGGCUUGACCCGCGGCUCCUCCACUGGCGCUGGCCUGGGUAACUCUUUCCUGUCUCACAUCCGCGCCGUCGACGCCAUCUUCCAGGUCGUCCGGUGUUUCGACGAUGCUGAGAUCAUUCACGUCGAGGGUGACGUCAACCCCACCCGUGAUCUGGAUAUCAUCAGCGAGGAGCUGAGACUCAAGGAUAUUGAGUUCGUCGAGAAGGCCCUGGAGAACCAGAAGAAGAAGACCCGCAUGGGCGGCCAAAGUCUGGAGCUCAAGAAGGCCAGGCAGGAGCAGGAAAUCAUCGAGAAGAUUCUCGCCUGGCUGCAAGACGGCAAGGACAUCCGCAAGGGUGACUGGGGUCCCAAGGAGGUCGAGGUUAUCAACCCGCUGUUCCUCCUGACGGCCAAGCCCGUCGUCUACCUGGUCAACCUGUCCGAAAAGGACUUUGUCCGCAAGAAGAACAAGCACCUCCCCAAGAUCGCGGAGUGGAUCAAGGAGAACGCCAGCGGCGACCCGAUCAUCCCCAUCUCCGUCUCAUACGAGGAGCGCCUGACGCGCUUCGAGACGGAGGAGGCCGCCAAGGAGGAGCAGAAGAAUGUCGGCGCCGACUCGUCGCUGCCCAAGAUCAUUCUGCAGAUGCGCAAGGCGCUGCAGCUGGGCAGCUUCUUCACGACGGGUACCGACGAGGUCCGCCAGUGGACCAUCCGCACCGGCACCAAGGCUCCUCAGGCCGCCGGUGUCAUCCACACCGACUUCGAGAAGACGUUCAUCCAGGCCAUCGUCUACAACUUCAACGCGAUCAAGGAGCUCGGCGACGAGUCCGAAGUCAAGGCCAAGGGCAAGAUGAUGACCAAGGGCAAGGACUACGUCGUCGAGGACGGCGAUAUUUUGCUCAUCAAGGCCGGUGCUGCCAAGGGCUGA